AUGAGGGAUAUGGAUAAGGACUUUAAAGUUUCCCGUCGGAGUAAUUGGAUCCUUUUAAUGGCGGCUCUUGGAUUUACCGGCUACUCUGCUUACACAAUUUAUCAUUUCCCUUCAAUCGCCCGAAAGAGGGCUAAGAUUUCCAAAUUCUUCGCUGCUUUAUCUUCUGCUGCUUCAGCAUUUUCCGCUUCCGCCGACUGUGUCGCUACCAUUUCUAAAGAUUUGAAGGAGUUUCUUCAUUCCGAUUCCGAUGAAAUCCCUCACAGUUUGAAGCAAAUCGCUAAACUCGCUCGGUCUGAUGAGAUCUCCAAUUCUCUGACUCGUCUGUCCCAGGCGAUUACUCUGGGAAUUUUUCGAGGUUACGAUCAGUACUCCCGAGGCGGUGGUAAGGAGAAUGAAAAUGAGAAAUCGAGUAAUUUUACGGAUAGAAUUAUGGAGAAGCUGUGUAGUGAAUCUGGGUGUGGGUUUGUUUCUGUGGUGGUUGGGAGUUUCGCUAGAAAUUUGGUGAUGGCGUUGAUGGAGGCGAGUAAAUCGGGGAGUAGUAGUUUGGAGAGAUGGAUGGGGGUGGUGGUGUGCGAUGGAAAAAGCAGGGAAUUAAUCGGCGAGUUAAUUAGAAUGUUUGUGAGUUCAGCGGUAUCGGUUUAUUUGGAGAAGACAAUGGAAAUCAAUACGUUCGAUCAAAUAUUCUCGGGGCUAACAAAUCCGAAGCACGAAAAGGAAAUGAGAGAGUUGUUGGUUUGCCUUUCCAACGGCGCAGUCAAGACUUUGAUCAAAACGUCCCAUCAAGUGCUGUUAUCGGGCCAUGGGAAUUGGGCCAUGGAAGCAGGCCCAGGCCCAGGGAAAAAGGUGGAGGAGUUGGAGGAAAUGGAAAUGGGCCUGAAGCCCAAAAGGGAAUAUGGAAAACGGCCGAGAAAUGGAGGGUGGGGGAAGAACAAGAAAGUGAUAGUGAAUUGGACAGGGAGAAUGACGUUUGAAAUGGUGAGGUCGUUCAUAGAAGUAUUAUUGGAGAGGAUAUACGAAGGAAUGAAACGGUGUGUGGAUAUAGUGAAUGAGGAAGUGAUUGAGAGAGGGCUGGAAAUUGUGAGGUACGUAGCUUCAAAAACCUCUGUGAUUGCUACAAUUUGUCUUUCAUUAUGCUUCCAUGUUCUUGACACAACUUCCUGGUUCUUGCUGGCAUAUUAG